ACGUGGCAACGCCGCGCGUCUAUCUCCGUUCUAAGCUGACAAAAAUAGUUUAUUUGUGGUAAACAAACCGAGUGCACACAGUUAGCCAGGGCAGUUUGCACUCGAAAGCAAUCUCCACGCCGGCCCGUGAUUAAUGCAGCAUCCGAGGAGGCAUGACAAAUCCGCACUUUAAACCGACAACUCCGCGGACAGCGUGGCAUUGAAUUACACGGGCUCGCUGCAAAAUAAUCUUGAAAUAGCCACUAUAUAGUGUGUAUGUGUAUAUAGACACAUCCGCGAGCAGCAGAAUGGCAGAUAAUAAGGGGAGCGUUAUCACCAUUAAUGGCGGCGAAUCGGCGAGAAGCUCGCCGCCCUUGCAGCGGAAGUCCUCGACGUCGGAAUCUCCGCCGGAACUGCGAAUCCUUUGCUUUGACCUCACCUACUACAAUCGCACAACUCAGUUCCUGCUCAGCUGCGCCGGCGUCUUCUUCCUGUACAUCCUGUACGGCUAUCUGCAGGAGCUGAUCUUCACCGUCGAAGGAUUCAAACCCUACGGAUGGUUCCUCACGCUCGUCCAGUUUGGCUACUACAUCGGUUUCGGUUUGGUGGAGCGGCGGCUGGAGGGCUAUCGGAUAAGCGGCGGUUCCUUUUGGAACAUUGAGCCGGAGCCACGUUGCAUUCCCAUGAGAACAUACCUAAUUCUGGCUGCUCUUACGCUGGGUACCAUGGGUCUGUCCAACUCAAGUCUCGGCUACCUGAACUAUCCCACCCAGGUGAUUUUCAAGUGCUGCAAGCUCAUUCCCGUGCUGGUGGGCAGCAUCCUCAUACAGGGCAAGCGCUACGGACUGCUGGACUUUACGGCAGCCACCUGCAUGUGCAUCGGAUUGGCCUGGUUCACGCUGGCCGACUCCCAGAUGACGCCCAAUUUCAAUCUGCUUGGCGUGGCCAUGAUUUCGGGAGCGCUGCUCUGCGAUGCCGCCAUUGGAAAUGUCCAGGAGAAGGCAAUGCGGGAAUAUAAGGCGCCCAGCAGUGAGGUGGUGUUCUACUCAUACGGCUUGGGUUUUGUGUACCUAUUUGUGAUUAUGCUGGUUACCGGCAACUUCUUCAGCGGCUUUGCCUUCUGCUUGGAGCAUCCCGUUGAGACCUUCGGCUAUGGGUUCCUGUUUAGUCUGUCCGGCUAUCUGGGCAUUCAGUUUGUGCUGGCUCUGGUGAGGAGUAGUGGUGCCCCCAUAGCUGCCACAGUGACCACCGCCCGCAAGGCUGUGACCAUAGCCUUUUCCUUUGUGCUUUUCAGCAAGCCCUUCACCUUACAAUAUCUGUGGUCUGGCCUCAUCGUUGUCCUGGGCAUAUAUCUCAAUGUCUACAGCAAGAGGAACAAGCUGACGUUGGCCGACAUCCGACAGAGACUAAAACAAUUUGGAGCCAAGGUUGCCCGCUCACCGAGUCGCAAAUUCCUCAUCGAAGUUUAGAACGAUACCAAAAA